AUUGGAAUAGGAUCAAACAAUUGAGGUGGGCCUCUCCCACACCACUCAUACAUUGGAGACAAAAGAGACACCCAUCUCUUCCCUCCUUCAUUCACUCGGCCAUACACUCAAGAGGAGAAGGAAAUCCCAGAAAAAUUACCAUCUUCCAUAGCCAAGAACAAGCAAGCUCAAGGAGGUCCAAGGGAAGGAUUUUUGAGAAGGAAAAACUAGGUGGAUCAAGGGACUUGAUUUAAGCAUUUUCGAACCUCGCCGGAGUUUCGCCGGAGUUGGUCAAAGUUCGCCGGAAAAUAGUCAAAGUUCAACCGGGAAGCGUAGAACGCGUGUGAGCUCACUUAAGUUUCAGGUAGGGAGUAGAGCUUGCUACUACCGCUCGUUGCUUCGGGGAAUUCAAGGAGGAAGGCGUGGUCAAAUCAUGGACGUGAGCUCCUUUGCUGCGCUAAAGAAGAAGCUGGCCAAGGAGCCCAAAAAGAAGGAGGCGGGGAAGCAGAAACCCGUUGACGGCUUCUUCCCUAGGGUCGAAGGCCCCCUGCCGCAGGGGGAGCCAACAAAGGAGGUCGCGGCUGCUGCCGCAAAUGCUGAGACCGGCGGUUCCCAAGCUGAGGAGCUGACGAGAAAGAGGGCUGGCAAAGCCCUUGCCCCUCCGGAAAUGAAGAAGCAGAAAAAGGGGGCCGCCGGGAAGAAAGAUGCCCCCAUAAUCAUUGCCGGGGAGCAACCUUCCUUUAAUCCUUCGGCGCACACCCCUCCUCGCUCCCCCCCGGCGCAUAUCAACGAGGAGGUUUGCCAGGCGGAGCUCAUCCAGUUCCCCGUUAAGGCGGGGACCUCCGUUCUUCACGGCACACUCCACCCCGUCGGGUUUCUGAGGGGUGUGAUGGCGUCGAAGGAUAGAUCAGUGUUGGCUCGUUAUGAGGAUGAUAUCCUCGACUACAAAGUCGCCAGCUACAGCACAAUGGCUGCCUUAGCUGCCUCCGAGCAGGCCCGGAGGGUUGAGCAGCUGAGGAUAGCGAAGAUUCAGGCCGAUGAGGCUCUGAAGAAGGCCGAUGUAGAGCAAGCGGCCCUCAGGAAAAAGCUUUCUGAAGCUGAGGAAGCCCUUCGGCUGGAGAAAGAGGGCACUGAGCAAAGGCUGAAAGAUGCCGAAGCAAAGGGGAAGGCCGCCGCCGAGGAGGCUGCCGCCGCCAUCGCCAGGACCGUUGCCGAGGCAUCCGAAAAUGAGAAGGCUGAAGCGAUUGCUGAUGCGAGGAAGGAAGCGGUUGAGGCUUUCCUUGCCGAGGGCUGGACGGCAUCGGCCCACGAGGGGUGGGUGGCCUCCGUGGUGGAGCAGAAGGUUGACUCCUGGGUGAAAGGCCCCGGGGCCAUGUGGCUAGCCCAGAAGGGCAAAGAUUACUAUGAUGGUGGCGAGUUCUUUACCCAAAACCUGAUCUACCGGCGGCUAGCCAGGCAUCUCCACAUAGAGCCGAAGGCAUUCGACCCAGCUGCAUAUGGUCUCCCCCCUCUGCAGCCGGAUGUAAGAGUUCCCCUCCCCGAGGGUGAAGAGAGGCCCGAUCUGGAAGACUCGGAGUUGCUGCAAGGAGGCGAUGAUGAGGAGGCCGAGGAUGACGCCACCUCGAAACCGAAGGAGGAUCCUCAAGGGGCUGCCAUUUAGGAAUUCUGUCCCCUAAAUUUUUGUAAUAGAUUAGAGGACCCAUCGGCCUCGGCCAGUUGUAAACU